GUUAGCACAGCAGGGAGAAGGAAAGGAAACGCAAGCCUGACCCUGGCUCGGGUUGUGGAGCUGGGCUUGUUGGUCAUAUGCAGCUGACUCGCUAUCGGGAAAAAGCACUAUUCUCAGAAACGAAAGAGAAAGCAGAUAAGUAUCUGCACGUGACAAAACAGGCUGUGACACCAGCCAGCACGGGACCGGCAGCAGCCACAGAACCGCUUGGCUCCUAGAACGACACCGCAUUCCUCUCCAGCGCCUGUUUCAGCUCCACACCCACCCAAAUGGGCAGCCCAUUCAGAAAAAUGGGCGUCCUCCAUGUGACCUUCCAGUCUCUCCAGAAGCCUUUUGAGAAGAAGCCCUCCAAGGGAGGCUACAAGAAGUGAGGGGAAAGUGACCAGAGGAAGUGGACAGCGUGAAGCAGAAACCUGCAGGACGGCACUAGAGGACAGUACACAUUCCGGAGAGAGUUGGGUUCGCCAACCGGUCUGAGAGAGGAGUAAGGUGGAUGGCAGUCACAGUGAGACCAUGAUGCAAAGGACAUGUGGAGCUGAGUCAUACUCUCCUCCCAGUACUGGUCCACACAUGGGACACCAUUAAGCCACCUUUGCUGUGACCAGAAGUGCACCAAAUGCACCCUCCUCAACCCAGUAACACAUGUGCAGCACGGUCCUAGGCAGGACUGAGAUACUCCUGUUCCAUUUGCAAGGGGAGACCCUAGACCCCAGCCAUAAGGCUCAGAGCCCAUCUUGGGCAGGGUACCUUAAAAGGCAACAACUGAGGGGUCCCCCCUUCAUGUUUUGCAACAGGCAUCCCCACAGCAGCUUUUACCAUGGUAUCAAGAAUGCAUGCAGGCACCAGGAUGGGUUGGCUGCAACAGAGGCGCACCAAGAACCUGCUCCAUGUGCUGUCUUUACUGGAGGCUGUUGGGAACUUGGCCUUGAUGGCCUACGCACUGCUGUACGAAGCCGGAAACCUGGUGAACCUCCCUGACAAACGCAUUGGCUUUUACAACUUCUGCCUGUGGAAUGAUACAGCUGGGGAGCUGCAGUGCCUGGACACCAAGCAUCUACAGGCAAUGGGCAUCAGUCUACUGCAACUGGGACUAGCCAGGGUUUGUGUGUAUACCUGUCUGGUCUUCAUCCUCUUCCACCUCCCUUUUGUUUUACAUGUGAAUUGCACAGGGCAGAGAGAAGGAUGGAAGAUGAUGCGCAUCAUACCCUUCAUCAAGAUGAUAAUGCUGUCUGGAGGCCUGGGUAUGUUUCUUUUACAAACCUCGCAGUGGAUUCAUCCCUCUGAUUUCACUGGAGGCUUCCAGGCACUGCUUGGGACUCAGGCUCUGCUACUGCUCCAGAUUCUCACUGCCACUGUGUACCUCCAGCUGGGCCAAGCACACACAUAGAUGUCAAAACCAUUUAACUGAGGAAGCCCUGCCCACUAAGAUUUGAUAAUGAAGAAAAUGCAAGAGCUAUUUAAAACAGUGAUCCAAAUAGAGCUUUACUCCCUAGCAAAAAUCUGAUUCCCAGUCCAAAGGCUCAUGUUGAGCUAAGCUCUGGUACAAUGCUGUGUGCAGCACUCCUGCAUCAAGCUGCAGCAGACAACAGCCACAGCACUGAAGGUACAACAGCAUGUAACACCCCUCAGUUUGGGGCACAGCAUCAAAGUGACAGCACUUCUGGCCUCAAAGAGCGGUGAAGGUAGCAGAACCAGCAUACAGUGGACACAGCCCUCUGCUCAUACAUA